CCCAUCCGAGCCGAGUCUCUGUGCCUCCAACCCGCUCUCCACGCCCAUCGCCCUGCUUCAUCGUGUCUGGCGGACUGGUCGGCUGAUGAGCUAGGAGUUCUGCACUUGGCGGGUUGAUUUGCACGCUCGCCUUUGGUGGCGCGUUCUAAACCUCACUCGCCAAACUCUUCAUCAUCUUCGCCGCCUCGAAUCGUCUCCGUGCUUUCCGCCAACUUUGCGUCGAUUGGUAGCAGCCUUGCUGCUUUGGACUCACCAUGGCCGAGUAUGCGACGCAAGGAUACGGCUACGCCGAUACCUACGACAAUGAUGACAACUACGAGAACGGCGCCGGUUUUGAUGAUGCCGCCGGCUUGGUGAGCGAGGACAGCAUCACCCCCGAGGACUGCUGGGAGGUCAUCUCGUCGUAUUUUGACAAGAAAGGCCUUGUCUCGCAGCAGAUUGAUUCCUUCAAUGAGUUUACCAAGUCCACCAUCCAGUCGCUCGUCGCAGAGUAUUCAGAAUUAACCUUGGACCACCCAAAUCCCGGCGAUGACGAAGGUCGCGAUGUGGCAUUGCGGAGAUACGACAUCAAGCUCACAGAGGUGCUCAUAUCUAAGCCGACUCUCACCGAAACCACAGGCGAAACCACCAGCCUGCUCCCAUACGAAUGCCGCGACCGCAACCUGACGUAUUCUGCACCCAUGUUUUGCAGAGUGACCAAGCGCGCGCGCAUAGCCAUCAACGAGCCGAUCCCCUUGAAUGAGCUGGAUGAAGAACAGCAGGAAUACAUGGCUCGAACCGGUGAACAUCCCACAACAAUUCGCUGGGAAGAAGAGGAUACGGGCCCGCGUGAAGUACAACCAAAGGGAGCGGAUGAGGGCAAGGGUGAGGACAAGGGCGAUCUUAUUUUCUUCGGCAAGCUUCCCGUCAUGGUCAAGAGUUCGAUUUGCCAUCUAUUUGGGGAGGAUGACGAGUCGCUAUUCCUGCUUAACGAGUGCCCAUACGACCAAGGCGGUUACUUCAUUAUCAACGGAAGCGAGAAGGUCCUGAUUGCUCAGGAGCGGUCGGCAGCCAACAUCGUUCAGGUCUUCAAGAAACCUCCGGGAGGCAGCGUUUCGUACCAAGCCGAAAUUCGUAGCGCCCUUGAGAAGGGAUCGCGGCUCAUCUCGUCGCUCCAGAUGAAGCUGCACAGCAAGGCGUCGCUGGACAAGGGGAGACUCGCAAACUCGGUCAGCGUCACACUGCCGUAUGUACGCGAAGACGUCUCCCUCGCUAUCGUCUUCCGUGCCCUUGGUGUUGUCUCGGACGAGGACAUUCUCAACCACAUUUGCUACGAUCGGACCGACACGCAAAUGCUCGAGGCUCUGCGGCCCUGCAUUGAGGAAGCCUUUGUCAUCCAGGACCGUGAGGUUGCCCUCGAUUUCAUCGGCAAGCGCGGGAACGGGAAUGCCGGCCAGAACCGCGUGAACCGCCUCCGCGCCGCCAAGGAUCUUCUUCAAAAGGAGAUGCUACCCCAUAUCUCGCAGCAGGAAGGCUGUGAGACCAAGAAGGCAUUCUUCCUCGGUUAUAUGGUACACAAGCUGCUUCAGUGUGCCCUCGGGCGUCGUGACACCGAUGACCGUGAUCACUUCGGGAAGAAAAGACUGGAUCUCGCUGGUCCGCUGCUAGCCAAGCUCUUCCGAGGUGUCAUUCGGCGCAUGACCCAGGACUUGAUGUCGUACAUCAAGCGCUGCAUCGACAGCAACAAGCAGUUCCAGCUGGCCCUCGGCAUCAAGUCUUCGACUCUUACCAAUGCUCUCAAGUACUCACUCGCCACGGGCAACUGGGGCGAUCAAAAGAAGGCAAUGAGUUCCACAGCCGGUGUCUCUCAGGUCCUGAAUCGCUACACGUUUGCCUCUACUCUCUCGCAUUUGAGGCGAACCAAUACACCUAUCGGCCGUGACGGCAAGCUUGCAAAACCCCGGCAGCUACACAACACGCACUGGGGUCUCGUCUGUCCCGCAGAAACACCCGAGGGUCAGGCUUGUGGUCUGGUCAAAAACCUUGCAUUAAUGUGCUACAUCAGCGUUGGCACACCAGCAGAACCCAUUAUUGAGUUCAUGAUUGCGAGAAACAUGGAGGUCUUGGAGGAGUACGAGCCUCUCCGGUACCCCAACGCGACAAAGGUCUUUGUCAACGGCACCUGGGUCGGCAUCCAUCAGGACCCGAAACAGCUCGUGUCUCUAGUCCAGAGUCUCCGUCGCAAGGAUGUCAUCUCGUUUGAAGUGUCUCUCGUCAGAGACAUCCGUGACCGCGAGUUCAAAAUCUUCUCGGACGCGGGACGCGUAAUGAGGCCACUCUUCACUGUUGAGCAGGAUACUAACGGGGAGAACGGUGUUGAACAAGGCCAGCUGAUCAUUACCAAAGAGCACAUCCAACGGCUGGAGAGGGACAAGGAGCUGGGCAAAUACCAUCCGGAUUACUGGGGCUGGGAGGGUCUGCUAAAGUCUGGCGCAAUCGAAUACCUCGAUGCCGAAGAAGAGGAAACGGCUAUGAUCUGUAUGACCCCCGAGGACCUCGAUAUGUAUCGCCUGCGCAAAAUGGGCUUCAGCGUCGACGACAACUCUGGGCAAGGCAACACCCGGAUCAGGACCAAGAUGAACCCGACGACCCACAUUUACACGCAUUGUGAGAUCCAUCCUAGCAUGCUGCUGGGCAUCUGCGCCAGCAUCAUUCCAUUCCCCGAUCACAACCAGUCACCUAGAAACACGUACCAGUCUGCCAUGGGCAAGCAGGCCAUGGGUCUCUUCCUCACCAACUACUCACGCCGUUUCGACACAAUGGCGAACGUCCUGUACUACCCUCAAAAGCCCCUCGCAACCACGCGGUCUAUGGAGUUCCUCAAAUUCCGUGAGCUGCCGGCGGGGCAGAAUGCCAUCGUGGCCAUUGCGUGCUAUUCCGGCUACAACCAAGAAGACUCUGUCAUUAUGAAUCAGAGCAGUAUCGAUCGUGGCCUCUUCCGCAGCUUGUUUUUCCGGUCCUACACCGAUUGCGAAAAGCGCGUCGGCAUCAACAUUGUCGAAAUGUUUGAGAAACCGGAUAGGAGUGACACGUUGCGCCUGAAACCGAGCACGUACGACAAACUUGAGGGUGACGGCAUCGUUGCGCCCGGUGUGCGCGUGUCUGGCGAGGAUAUCAUCAUCGGAAAGACAUGUCCAAUUAACCCGGAUAACGCCGAACUGGGUCAGCGGACCUCACAGCAUGUCAAGCGCGACGCCUCGACACCGUUGCGCAGCACGGAGAAUGGUAUCGUCGAUCAGGUCAUUUUGACGACGAACCAAGACGGCAUGCGCUAUGUCAAGGUAAGGGUGCGAACCACUAAGGUCCCUCAGAUCGGAGACAAGUUCGCGUCUCGGCACGGUCAGAAGGGUACCAUUGGUGUUACCUAUCGACAGGAGGACAUGCCCUUCACGUGCGAGGGCAUCAUGCCCGACAUCAUCAUCAAUCCGCACGCCAUCCCUUCCCGUAUGACCAUUGCCCACUUGAUCGAGUGUCUGCUCUCCAAGGUGUCCACGCUCAAGGGAAUGGAAGGUGAUGCGACGCCCUUCACCGAGGUGACGGUCGACUCAGUGUCGGCCCUGCUGCGCGAGCACGGCUACCAGUCGCGCGGUUUUGAGAUUCUGUACCACGGCCACACCGGACGCAAGCUCCGGGCCCAGGUGUUCUUUGGACCAACGUACUACCAGCGCCUGCGCCACAUGGUCGACGACAAGAUCCACGCGCGUGCGCGAGGCCCGCUGCAGAUCAUGACGCGCCAGCCUGUCGAGGGUCGUGCGAGAGAUGGUGGUCUCCGCUUCGGAGAAAUGGAACGUGAUUGCAUGAUUGCUCACGGUGCCGCCGCGUUCCUAAAGGAGCGUCUGUUUGAGGUGUCGGAUGCGUUCAGAGUCCAUAUCUGCGAGAUUUGUGGGCUCAUGACUCCGAUUGCCAACCUCACCAAGCAGUCGUUCGAGUGCCGGCCGUGCAAGAACAAGACCAAGAUUGCCCAGGUCCAGAUGCCCUACGCUGCCAAGCUCCUCUUCCAGGAGCUCAUGUCGAUGAACAUUGCGGCGCGCAUGUUUACUAGCCGAUCGGGCAUCUCAGUACGCUGAGGGUUUGGUAAUGAGGGUUUGGAUGACAAUGGGAUCAGUUGAGAUUGAGGUGGAUGAGCGUAAAUCGCAUGCAUUUUUGAGGCAGUUCUGGCGUUCAUUAUGCGGCUUGCGGCAGAAAGUGGUCUUUUAUCCCUGGUCAUUUCCUUAACAUCCCGUUGUGCUCCUCUUGUCGUCUACAGAACGGGAGCUCUCUAAAAUGUUGAGGCCUUCCUAACCCUAACACCUGCAACUGGUAGCAGUUUCUGUUUCUGUGAGCGGGCUGGCAGACCAAUGGAUGGUUUGGUGUUGCAUCAAUCUAGGAUUGUGGUAGACAGAAUAGGGUAUACAAUCCAAGAACGUGAGAAAUGUUAUGCCCCUUGGCUAC